AUGGACUACAUCCUCGACAGCCCCGAAGGUCCUUAUCCAGAGUUUGACUCAUCGGAAUCCCUGAGGGGAUACCGGGUCAUCAAAUGCGCGGUCCAGUUCUCCUUGGACUUCCGCGCUGGGUGUGUAGCAAAGAUUAGCGACGCAUUCGAGGGCUUGAAUCUCAAGCUCAUACCAGCCAAGGACAUCACUAGGAGGCCCCGUGCGCGCAUUUGGUUACCUCCGAUAGCCGAACCUGGCGAAAAGUUGCUGUGGUGUGUAAAGGUGCAUAAUAAAAACAUACCAGCAAUAGACGAGUGGGAGCUCAUCAAAGGUGAAGAGCCGAGAAAGCCCACAAACAAGCCAAUUCUCCUAGCUAUUUGCUCCGAAUCCUCGGAGGCCCUAGCAGAGGCCCUAGCAGAGGCCGUAGAACCAAUUGGGAGAAAUGCAAUAGAGUUUUGA